UGUUUUACAGAGCGAUUGAAUAAAAAGGACAAACAACUAACAGGAUAAAAGUGUGUGUGUGUGUGUGUGUGUGUGUGUGUGUGUGUGUGUGUGAUGUUAGUGCAGUCGGAAAGGCAGGAAAGCAGCAGGACUGGGCUGGCUUUAGCUCUGGAAUAAAUGAUUUCCAGGAAACCAGAGCUGUGACUUUAAACGAAAGUAAAACUGAUUUGUCGCUACAUGGUUUGCGUGCCUGUUUAUUUCAAAGGAAACAUUCGGGGGCAAGUGUACUGGAUACUAACUCAGGGGUGUAACAAGGAAUUUCAAGUGGUUUGUAAAACAACACAAACCCCAGAAGAAAUGGCUUUGGAAAGAUUUGCUGGAUUGCGAUACAAUGGGUUGAAAAAUCAGGGUGCAACCGGUUACCUGAACUCUGUACUGCAGUGUCUCUACAUGACAGAAGAUUUCCGCAGAGAAGUAGAAAACUUUAGAAGAGAUCCACUAAACCCUGAUGAAGAAAGUGCUGAUUUGAUGCAAGAAUUGCAAAAACUUUUUAAAAGGCUAAAAGAAGUUGUUGGUACAACUGAAGGGAUAACUCGAUGUUUGCACAUCAGUAGUGUCCGUGAACAGCAGAAUGCAGUGGAAUACUAUCAGAAAAUUCUACAAGCAAUUGGACCAGAAGUGUCCAAGAUAUUUAAAGGGGAAAUGAGCAACAAAACCAGAUGUGCAUGUACCCACAUAUUUCAAGAGAAGUGUUCCUUUUUCACGAUCCCUUUAUCCAUAGAAGCUGCACCCACUGAGUGGUUCAGUGUGAAUAAGGGAUUAGAGAACUUUUUUAAAGAGGUCAAGUUUGAUGAAGACAACCUGGUGUACUGUGACCACUGUGACCAAAAAGCUGAAGCUGAGACCUGGACUGAAAUUGAGGAGGUUCCUAAUAUCCUGACUCUGUACCUGAAGAGGUUUCAUUUUGACUACUAUCAGAUGAAGCUUGUAAAGAAUCACUGUCCCAUUGUCAUUCCCAUGCAACUGCUGCUAAAGAAAUAUAAAUAUGAGCUUUAUGCAGUUAUUAACCACAUAGGGGAACAAACUGGAGGGCACUACAAUGCUGUCAUCAGAUCCUUUGAUGACAAUGAGUGGUACUGUUUUGAUGACUCUUUCGUCCAGAAGGUUUCAGAGGAGGCUUUCCACCGAUUCAUCCCACCUCUGGUCUAUUUACUCAUGUACAGAAAAAUCGAAGUGGAUGAGCCUCACUCUGAUGAGAAGUCUACCGAAUCUACCAAUGAGCUACAGCUACACUGGCAGGAGUACUAUGAACUGGUCAUAAAUCUGCUAAACUGGAUCAGAAACCAUAUCAUUGUGUUUGAGAACAGAAAUUUGCCCACCUCAUAUGAGGACAUUGAGGUCUUGUUCCACCUUUUCAAGACAGAGUUGCCAGAAAAGGAGAAAGAGAAAAAUGGCUCCAAACAUGCUUACAAUUAUUUUGAGAAUGCAGUGCAAGCCGGGAAGCUUAAAGUACAUCCUGGUUACCACCCCAGUGAUGUGGAGAAGGAGUGGGAUCGACUCUGGGCAGCCAUACUAAAAUGGAAGCGAAAGAAGUUUGAAGGUUUGGUCCAGCGCCAAGGGCAGAUGGAUUCAGAUUCAGAUGUGCAUGAGGAGUGGCUGAACCAGAUGGAGACACUGCUGCAUAUGGCUGAGGUUCCAGAAAAAAUUAAGAAGUCGCAAGUUUGCACUGAGGAACGAGCACACUCAGACUUGACUGACAAUCAAAUAGAUAAAUCUCACAAAGGUUUCACAGGAAAGCAGAGGAGCUUGUUGAAUGUCAGGGCAACAGGCAUGCUUCCCAAAGAGGGAAAACAAAGACAUAUUGAACAUUGCUGGUCAGAAAACAACACAAAAAAGGCUGUUACAGAAGAGGGUCUUGUUGGCCUAGAACUCCAUGACAAAGUUUUGUCUCCAGAGAGAGCAGUCACAAUGGAAGAUAGCAAAGACUUGAAGAUAUACUCUGAGUGUGCAAGAUGUAUCUCAGGUGUGUAUGUAGAGGCUACUAAAGAACGACUGUCAAUCUACCAAGCCGAGAAAAAAAACAUGAUUACAAAAAGUACUGCAUUCCAACUGCUGGAGGCUCAAGCAUCCAAUGGAUAUGUGAUCGAUCCAAUCAGCAAUCGAAAACUAUCAGUUACUGAGGCUGUAGAAAUGGGAGUGGUUAGCCUAGAGGUUAAAAAGAAGCUUCUCUCUGCUGAACGUGCUGUGACUGGAUACAAUGAUCCAUUCUCUGGUACGGUAAUUUCUGUAUUUCAGGCCAUGAACAAGGGUCUGAUCGUUAAAUCUCAUGGUAUUCGUCUUUUGAAGUUUCAAAUUGCCACAGGUGGAAUCAUUGACCCUAAAGACAAACACCGUCUUCCAGUGGAAGUGGCGUACAACCGUGGCCUUUUUGAUGAAGAGAUGAAGAGAAUGCUUACUGACCCUUCUUGUGAUACAAAAGGUUUCUUUGACCCAAACACAAAGAGGUGUCUGACUUACCCUCAGAUGAUGGAGCAAUGCAUAACUGACUCUGCAACCAAGCUUUCUUUCUUACUGCUGAAGGAGAAGGAGCAGGAAAGAAAGACAUAUUUAUCUGUUUAGGAAAGUCUCAUUGAUCAUCAGACAUACUAUAUCAUUACUGUGCCAAGGUCUUAACCACAUGGAAAGAAAAGCUGGAAACAAAAAUACUUUCAUAAAGUAAUGAAAUUAAAAAUUUCUACAUUUAAAAACUACCAUAAAGAAAACAAAGUCAAUAUUUGGUGAAUAUUUGACAACUCUUUGCCCUUAAAAAUUCAUCAGUAGUUUUGGGUACAAAUUGUACAGUUUUGUAAGAUAAUUUGCUGGCAUAUUUUACUGAGCAUCUCAGAGAAUCUGCCACAGUUCUGGAGACUUUGACUGCUGCACUUGCUUCUGUUUUGCAGAUAAUCCCUAACAGCCUUCUUUAUGUUUUUGUUUGAAAAUUGGCAUACUAUAUAAUACAGUCACCUCUGAAAGUAUUGGAACUGCAAGGCCAAUUCUUUUGUUUUUGCUAUAAACUGAAGACAUUUGGACUUGAGAUCAAAAUAUGAAUAUGAGAUGAUCGAUCAGAAUUUCAGCUUUCAUUGCCUGAUAUUUACAACUAGAUGUGUUAAGAGACAUUUUUGUCUUUAUGCACACAUUUUUCAAGUGAUCAGAAAUAUUGGAACACGACUGCCGAGUGUUUCUUGUUGCCGAAGUGUGCCCUGUUAAAUUGAUUGUUUAAACAGUUAAUAGUUCUGAACGUUUACUCUUGGUUUGAGCCCUGGGAUUUGCCCACAAAGACAAAAAUAAAAGAAUCCAUCUUGUUUUUCCAAUCUGUUUGGAAGGGACUGUAUGUUACUUUCUUUACUGAACUACAAAUAUUGUUCUGUAAUUUUUUUUUGUUCGAAAAGUAAUAUUUGGAAAUCUAAAAUGGUUUUACUGACCCAAUAAUGCAGAAAUAAACAUCCAAGACAUAAUUUGUAGGAAAAAUAGGGUGCCUAAGACUUUUGCACAGUACACUAUAUCACCAAAGGUUUUUGGACACCUGACCAUUACACCCAUAUGUGGGCCUUCCUCAAACUGUUGGCACAAACCUGGAAGUACAUUAAUGUCUAAAAGUCUUUCUAUUGCUGUAGCAUUACAGUUUCCAAAUUCAACUAAGAAGCCCUGUUCUAACACAAGGGAGGUCAAUAAACAUGAUUUGCCAAAGUUAGAGUAGAAGACCUCAAGUGGCCUGCAUAGAGCCCUGACCUUAAUAUCACUGAACACAAUGAUAACUGUCCAAAAGUCUGGACAUUAGUAUGACACUGAUGUCGUCAUCAUCAUCUUCAUAGACCAGUCUGUACAUAAACCAGUCUGCAGCGGACCAGUUUCGUGCAGGCACCCUGCCCAUCACUUAAUUUGCAGACAGGCAAUUUGAAUCACAUUCAUCUUCUUUUGGGUCCACUUCAUCAUAUCCCAUGAGCCCAUUUCUCUCUAUCAGGACCUCAGCAAUAACCUGGACUGAUCCAACAGAGUAAAUGGGUCCACUUGGGAUCCUAGAUCCAGCUACUCACAAGAAGGUUAUCAGUUACGGAGGCCACACACCAAAAUCUAGUCCAGUAAUGAAAUUCAGUGUUACUGGGGAAGCCAUGACCUAUAGGUUAGAGAAGCAGGGUUUGGGACCAAAAUGUUUGGGACCACAAGGUUGCUGGUUUGAUUCCCUGGAUCAGCCGAAAUGGCUGAAGUGCCCUUGAGCAAGGCACCUAACUCCAAAUGCUUCCCAGGCUGCUCUGGUUAUAGUGUACAUCCCUCUGGAUAAGAGUGUCUGCUCAAUGCCUGCAAUGUAAUGUAAUGAUCAAAGACAGUUUGAGGGCAUCACAGACCUAAAUACUGGAGUGAAAUACAGCAAAAACUUUGCCUGUAAAUUUGAAGCUGUCUUAUAAAGGUGUCUCAUGGCAGAAGGAUCUGGUUUAUGUUUACUGAAGGCAUGACCACAGUGUACUGUAUAGCCUUUACCAUAUCAGUGGUUCUGGAUCAGCCUCAUGUUCCAGCCCUGGCUCGGGAACUGGUUCAAGGUCUGUCUUGAGAUGAGGAAGCUUUAAUGCUACUGGGUCUACUUUUCCAAAAGUUUCUCCACAUCUUCCUACGUCUCUCCAAACUUUGGCUGACAGUGCAGUUCAAGAGUGAACAGUGGACUGAAUACACAAAAUAAAGCAGGCUCUAACAGCAUUAGCACUCAGAAGAAAAUGUUGCUUUAAGGACAAGAAAAUAUUACCACUGUCAGAAGCACAGUGCUUUUUUUAAUUGUUUUUUUUUUUUUUUUUCAAAAAAAUCAUUCUGAUCUGCAUGUAGUUAUUAUGGGGCUUGUAACUUCUGAUGUAUCCUACUGACUUACAUGUUUCUUUUCAUAGCAGAUUGUUGUAGGGUUUGUUUGGUGUUUUUCUUUUGUUACAUUACAUAUAACUGGUAAAAUCAUGCUUUUUGUGUAAUAAAAAGAUAAUACAGUGGAAUCUUGUUUUUUAUUAUUACUGUUAUCAGCAUCAUUAGUAUAUCUGCUCUUGGAUAUUUC